CUGGACGAUGUGCUCUCGGCUGCUUGAAUAUGAUAAAACAACAGUCCUUGAAUGGAUUGGCGCAAUGCAAAUCCCCCGUUCAUCUGACGAAAGGGCCACAAACCAACGGCCAUCAACCUGCAGCAACUCGCUUUCUUGGAUAUAUCCACUGUACAUACUGGAUCCGGCGGGCCAUUGAUUCCGAUUCUCCGACCGCCCAUCAAGCUCACAUUCCUUCCCUGUAAACAUCUACUGCGCCGGAACCACUUGAAGCUACUACGAUGGCUCAGCUGAGCGAUUUGCCAAGUGCAGUAGUUCUCAGAAUAAUCAAUCACCUCAUCCGAACACCACCCGAUCGACGCCUCAAUGAGGUAGACCAUCACGAUCUCGACUACAAACAAAUCGCACCCUUGCUAUACGAACAGCGCCUAAGACGUCCCCUAGAACCAGGUUACAUUGGGACAUCUCGCUUUCUCUAUGAUCAAGGCCUCCCACACCCACCUUCGCCGCCUGCUGGAGCUACAUUCCCCGAUGGUCUCCCUAAAAACCCAUUAUUGCCGUCCUCCUUGAUCAAUCGCACCUUCCAACGCUGUGCCCAGCAAGUACUAUUCAGAGAUGUCACAUUACAAACUCCAUGGGACGCGAUGCUGUUCCUUCGUUCGCUUGAUUGCCCAUCCUCGUUGGAUAAACCAGACCUCCUGGCUCAGAAUGUUCGCUCGAUACAGUUCAUGUGGGGAGGCCCUUGUUCAUUAGGAAAGGGCGGCGGCUACCUGAUUUGCGAGAUUCUCCAGAGAUGCCCGAAGAUCGAAAGAAUCGCGAUCGGUACGACGCUCUUGGUUCGCUGCAAAGACCCCGUACUGGAUGCCCUCGCGAGUUGCUCUCUCGUCAAGGAAUUUGUGGUUCUCAAGAACCCUAUCAAAGGCAUCCCCGGCUGGCUGGCCAACGAUAUAUCCACUCGAUUGCUUCCCAACUGGGACCGACUCGAGACGAUCGAUUUCACCAGACUCUGUAGCCGAUACGAUGAAAGGAAAGAGCCGAUCCCUCAACCAAUACCCGUCAUCAAUUGCGCCCUACGGAAAAUAAUUUUGGUCCAACCAGAUGUCUACGCGGAGCAGCUUUCUUUGAUUUUGAAGAGUUCUCGAGAGAGUAUGCAAACCCUCAAGAUCAUCGAUCCACACUUUAAGCUUACUCGUGCGGGCCUAUGUCAGGUUCUGAUAGACUGCGCUGGUCCAAAUCUGGAAUCCUUGACGAUCGAGAUCAACGUCGGGGUGAACAUGACCUGGGAUCAGAUACACUAUAAGGACAUCAUUCAAGGCUCCGAUGACCCAAGCAAAAACCGGAACCUGUUGGACAUCGUCUUCCGCACCUCUUAUGCUAUGAGCAAUCUCAAAUCCUUGACGUUUGCCGGCUCUUUGGCCAGCUCCGAUUUAUUCGCCCUCUUGCCCCCAUCAAUCGUCAAGCUUGCCUGGGAACGAUGCCAUAUUACUGGCGCUGCCUUCGCGGCCGCACUUUCCAGCUAUCAAUAUUAUCCAAGUGAUGACGAUCUGGAUGACCCAUACGGCCCUGCUCAACAGGUGCCAUUGCUGCCUAAUCUGAAGUGCUGCUCAGUUCGCCAUGCGCACGACUGGGAAGGUGAUUAUAAGCGAGCAAUCCAGGCCAGCUUCCGAGCCCGAGGGGCAUGCUAUCACAACAAGAAGUAUCCGUCUUGGUGCCCGUAUUACGACGAGGGGGAGCCGAUGGAGCUCAACAAUGCCUAUGGUUUGGAUCACGGUGAUGAUUACGGAUGUGCGGGCUGUGUUCCUUCUGUUGACUCUGAUAAUGGAGAGUUCUAUGACAAUCAGUACGAGUUCCUCUGACAUCUACGUACUGGCGGUGUUCCUUGUCUUUUCUUUCUUCCGUCCUCCUAACCAAACCUGAGUCCUAGAUUAAAGAUUGUUCAAUACCUUGUACUCUCAAAAGUUUCAUAUCCACACUUCACCAAAUUGUUUCACAGGAUCAUGACUCUCUUGUAACUCUUCUCUCAUCAAACUUCUUGCUACACUGUUGACAAAAGAAAUCUUCUUCUUCUUCUUCAUCCUUGCUUGACCCCCUGAUCAUAGUUAUAAAAUUUAUCCCCAAAUCCUCUUAUUGUCCCUCAUACAUAUAUAAUAAAAAUCUUUCUGAUAUUGGAAAAAAG